AUGAUAAUUGAAAACAGAAAAAAAGACUUAGAAAUUAGGAUAUAUGAAGAAGAAAUAUAUGAAGAUUUACAAAAGGUAUAUAAAGAAAAAUAUUCUAAAUAUGUUAAUGAAGAUAACUACGAAAUUUUUGCUUAUGAAGCAAAUACAGAUAUAAUAGAUUACAAUAUAUAUUAUGAAAAUUAUCAGAACAAAAAUAAAAAAAAUAAUUCUGAAAUUAUACUUAAAAAUAUUGAUGCAAAUGAAUCAUUUAAAAAAUUCAUAGGAAAAAAACUAAAUGCUCAAAGCGAAUAUUAUGAGUUAACAAAAAAUGACAAAAGAAAAAUGGAAGCAAUACAAAAAUAUAUCCCUUUUUGUAAAUAUAAUAAAGGAGUCCUUUCAAGAAUUACUCAGAUAAAAAAUACACUUUCAAAUAUUAAAAAUUACAUAAAUUCUAAAAAAAAACUUGAAAAUAAUAAACAAUUAUUAACUACUGAUAUUCUUUUACAUUUACUGGAAAUCGAUAAUAAAAUUAGUGCAAUUAUAAAAUAUGGAGAGAUAUAUGAUUUAGAUUUUUUUAACAAUGUAAAAUAUUAUAAAUAUAUUAACAAUUCUAUAAGAUGUAAAAGUUUAAAUAUUUUUGAAAUUAUUCAGAAGUUAAAAAGUAUUGCCAAUAAUAAUCAAUUAGAUAAGAAAAUUAAAAUUGUAAAUUUUAAUAAUAUAUUAUCAUUUCAAAAAAAAAUUUUCUACGAUAAAUUCAAAGAAAUUUCUUACAAAAUUGAUAAUUUUCAAUCUUUGCUAUAUGAAAAUUGCUUUAAUGAAAGAGAAAAUAUUGCAAAUAUUUUACUCUCCUUUUAUUUAUUUAUCAGUUUAUGCUUUAACGAGAAUAUGAAUAAAAGAAUACUCAAUUAUAUCUAUUUAGUAAAUUUAAAAAUAAGGAAGUGCAAAGAAUACUUAGAAAAUGAAAAAAAUAUUAAAAUACUAAAAAUGCUUUCUGAUUUUAAAUCGAUUACAAAUAUUUAUUAUGAUGAAAAAUCUUUUAAGGAAACAUUUUUUAUAAGUUUAAAUCAAGAUAAUGAGAUAUUAUUACAGUUAUAUAAAAAAUUGCUACAUAAUGAAAUAAGUAUUGGUUUAAUACUAAAUGAAACGGAUAAAAUAAAUAAUUUAAUUGAAUUAUUAAAUCAAAACCUAGAUAAGAAUAAUAAAAUGAUAAAAUCAUUAUUUAAUGUAUUAUAG